GCUCUCACGCGUGGCUUCGAUACGGGCUAGGUGUUGCCCCUCCACUAGUCGCAUGGAUGUCUCUGGGACUGCCUACGUCCGGGGCCUUGGCAGUGCAAAUAUCGGCCUUUUUAAUCGUCUUUGCCGGAGAUCUGCAGAGUUGCCGCCUGGGUCUGUCGCCCAAUUGGUACCCAGCCUUAAGGCUUAUCAUCACACCUGUGGUAAUAGUGUCACUUGGGUGCGUGAUUGUGAACAACGGCUAUGUGUACGCGUCGAAGUACAGACAUGAGUUGAAAAAACGACGAGAAGAGAAGGAGGGCGUACUAAGGGAAGAGGAGCUGAUCCCUCUGGUCGUGCCUGAUGGCAAAGAAUAG